AUGGCUCUUCCUGGUACAACCGGCUUUAGCUCACUUCCACUGGACCUACUGAUUGAUUCCAUUCUGGUCUUACUACCUACCAGAGACUUGAUCGCCUUGUCGUGUACUUCUCGGCUUCUUCACUCAACGAUUCAUCAAACAGAAUUAGUCUGGAAGCGCAAGAUUGCCAAGGAUUAUCGAUUUCCGACGGGCUCGACUGGUCGGAUCACCGGUUUCAAGAACCUCUAUCGAAAGCUAAGCAAACCGCAGGUCUGGGUAUGGGGACAGAACAUGAACGACCGACUCGGCUUGAAUGCAGAGGAUGAAGGAGACUUACUCGGCUCGGUCCUCUCACAUUACACCGAAGUGCCAACGCCACUGAGACUUCGAAAGGCUGAAUCGAUCGGCAUCGUAGAUCUCCAAGCCGGGGGCUGGAGCUUUCACGGCUUGGAUGUCAACGGCCACGUCUGGCGUUGGGGUACCCUUAGUGGCCUAGACGGUUGGAACCCACCCCCUCACAGAUACUCGCCCAGACAAUCUGAAGUCGAGCCGGUGAUGUUGGAGAUUAGAAAUUUACCCAAAUUUAAGGCAAUAUCCUGCGGUCGUUCUCACGCCUGCGGUAUUUCGGAUGAAGGCAAGAUUUAUGAAUGGCACUCUUGGAGUAGAGUGGCCAAAUUCACAUCAGUCCCCUGGGAGGCUCAUUCGGGCGAAACUGUAGAGGUAGCUCAGAUCUGUGCAAGUUGGGAUUUCUCAGCCUUAUUAUCCUCAGAUGGCGUGACCUACUUUUGGAGGGAACCUACGAUCUUAGAGAUAGCUCAGGCUUUGGAUUCCCAGUUUGACGGAUUACCCGAGGAUCGGACUCUGGAAACUGUCUACGAUUUGGACUCUAAGGACCGCAUAAUUCGCUGUCCUGAUUUACCCGGCAACGAGCAUGAUAAAGACAAAAUAACCAAAAUUGCUUGCGGCGAAGACUUCAUCAUUUGUCUUACUACCACGGGCAAAAUCUACAAGUUAGAUAUCUCAAGAAUUCCAGAUAACGCGCGCACUGCUCCUCAGCGAGUUUUGAGGCAACUUCAGGAUCAUUCCGACGAAAUUGCCUAUCGGGAGAGUAUGUCGCAAGCUUUCCGUACCCAGGAGAGAAAAUGGGAAUACCUUCCGAGGUUUUGUGAACCCGAUCGACUAAGGGAUGGUCUGGUCGAGGCUCUAUCAUCGCCAGCUUCAACUGAUCAUAUUAAACCCAAGAUUACACACAUUUCGGCCCAGUACAGAACCUUCGUGGCGUAUAGUGUCAACAGUUCAUCGGAGCAUCAACAAACCACAAGGAAUAAUUCGUUCGUCUUCUUUGGUAAGAAGGAUGCUACAGAGGAUAGCAAACCCGAGAUAUUACCCAGCUUACAGAAUAGAGGAGUUAUUCAAGUCACUCUCGGCGAUUACCAUUUUGCCGCCUUGCUUUCCAAUGGUCAAGUUUUGACGUGGGGGAGCUACUCCGAAGGCGCUCUGGGACUGGGCAACUCAUCCAAUCCCCACAGGAAGCUUCUUCCGAACGACUCCACAUUAGAGUCUCCCGACCAUCCAAGUGAAGAGCGCUACGAGUUGGGUAUCCAGACACCAACAGCAGUGCAUAGCUUCACGGGUACUGAACAUCAUCUAGCCGAUCGUGUUGAAACGAGUGAUAGCUCGUCGAGUCAGAAGCCCACCAAAAUGGCUCGUCGCUACGUGUUCUCAGUCACCGCAGCCGGCUGGCAUACUGGUUGUUUGGCGUUUUCCCUGGAAGACGAGGCGGACGAGGAUUAUGGGUUGGCCGUCUUGGCCAAAAACGUCGAAUACAAGCAAACCGCCGGGGUCGCGGGAUCGAACUCGCAACAAGAUGAGCAGGGCGGUGGUCGGACGAGCUGGUACGGUCUUCCGUUCAUCAACCGCACCCGGUUCCCCUCUUUUCGGAUCGGCUUCGCUGGCAGAUUCAUGCAGGGUGGCGCUCGUGGUGGAUUGCUCAACCAUCAAGGACUCCGUGAUCAAAGAGAAAGAGCAGAGCAGGAUCCCCCUCCCCCUGAAGAACAAGAUUAA